UCUUCUGCAUUAAGGACCCCUAAGGCUCGUGAGCUUGAGAAGGUCAGGAAUUGUGUGUGGCAGUCUUUCUCAGUAACUAUUCAAGGUGAUCGUUCCACAUAGGAACUGACCCAAACGUGUUUCUCUUUCACUCUGAAGUUUGGUGGCAUUUUGGAGCACUAGUAAGGACCACAACUCAGAGAAAUCUGUUCAUGGCCAGUGUAAUGGAAGAGCCUCACACCAAUGACUCUUUUCAACAAGAGCUUGAAGAUUUCAUUAGAAAGCAGAAAGCCAGGGGGUUACAUCCAAGAGUCAACUUCAGAAAUAUGGCAGAGAACUCUGUUUACCAAGAAAGAGACCGUGUCGACUCUGGCGCUCCAAUGCCCUCAUUCGGAGAGCAUCCCAGAUCUUCUACUUCCUAUGAAAGGUGGAUCGUGGAAAGCAUGGCACCUCACUGCAGACGAAGACUGGAAUCUCUAAGCUAUCAUCAGAAGAGCCAGAAUCAAGACAGAAAGGAAAUGCCACAGCACCAGGAGCGGGGAGGAGCCGCCAGUGCUGAGCAAGAGUCGCCCAAGAGGAAACACCACAGAGAGAGGACUUCAUGCAAAGACGAGGAGGGCCCCAGGAGAAGGAAGUUCUCAUCAGAAUUAACAGGUACUGAGAAGUCCAAGCACAGAAAGGGGACCCGCCAUGAUGGAAGAGACCCCACCAGAGGCAGGCGCCAGUCUCAUCGAAAGAAGGAACCAGAGGAGAGGGAUUUGUGGGAUGAAGCGAUCUUGGGUGGUUGCUAAUGAUGUUUAGGCAU